UGUUUAUUACCUAUUCAACCUACUUGUAUUAUUUGUAAUGUCUGUGUCAUAAUAUAAUUGUCACGGUUUUAAUUUAUUUUAUCUCCAUUUAAAAAUGCAUUGCUCUCUUUUCGGCGCUGGAAGACCCGCAUUUUGGUAUUUUCCAAGUAACUACAAAUGGUCGCCGUGUUUGUCGCAAAAUUUCAGGUGUCUCAAAUCGAUUUUUUUUAAGAAUUCCCCGAAAUACUCAAAAACUGAAUUAAUAACUGGCCAAAUGGACGCUUUACAAGACGAGGUGGAGUCGCUAGAGGCAAUUCUCAUGGAAGAUGUUUGCAUUAAACGCACGCCCAGCGGUGAGGUGGAUCUGAUCGAGACGACGGUGCUGCCCCUGACCGGCGAGGAGGAGGAACAGCAGUACGUGUGCGUCACCUUGCAGGUGCAUCCGACACCUGGUUAUCCGGAUGCAAGUCCCACAUUCAAGCUGCUGCGUCCCCGGGGACUGGACGACGCCCGGUUAGAGGCCAUCAGGAGCGCUUGUAACGCCAAGAUCAAGGAGUCGCUGGGCUUUCCAGUCGUGUUCGACCUAAUUGAGGUGGUGCGCGAGCACUUGACCGGCAGCAACCUGCCCAGCGGCCAAUGCGUGGUUUGUCUGUAUGGAUUCGCCGAGGGCGAUGAGUUCACCCGUACCGAGUGCUUUCACUACCUGCACAGCUACUGCCUGGCCCGCCACUUGAACGCCCUGAGGCGCAACUACCAGGAGGAAUUCGAGAAGCUGCCUAACUGGCUGCAAAAGACCGCCGAUCCCUUCCAGGCGCUGUGCCCCGUCUGCCGCGAGCACAUCGGCGACGAUUCGGACAGCCUCAAGUGUGCCAUGCCGCCGUCGGAGCUGACCAAUGCCCCCGAGUUUAAGGUGACCGAGGAGUUGCGCCAGAUGCAGCAGCGUAUGUCGCAGUUGUAUUUGCAGCAAAAGAGCCGUGGCGCCAUCAUCGACGUAAAGACCGAUGGAGCUGCCGUGAUUUCUAUUGAGACCGAAGAGGAUAUACGCCGACGAAGGCGUCGCGAAGAGGCAGAGGCUGCCCGGAAGCUGGAGGGUCCGUCCAAGGAGGAGGUCCCUAAACCCACCACCAGCACUACCACCACCUUUGCGCCCGUGGUUCAAGAGACGCAACGCAUCACACCGGAGCCGACCAACAAUAACUAUCAUCACCACAAUCGGCGGCACUAUCGUGGCGGUAGGCGCCAUCAUCAUCAUCACCAGCACGGCCAUCACCGGGCCGAUCGUGAUCGCGAUCAGAACUCGGGAGCAGGCGCAGCCCAGGCCAGCGGAGGAGGCGGCGGAGGCAACACUUCAUCGAAUACAGGGACCGGUAAGCAGGCAAAGGCCCAGACAGCUAGCUCCGGACUUGCCAGGUGACGAUGGCUUCCGGAAGAGAUGGGCAACCGGAUACCCAUUGCGCUGCCAUGCUGCUAAUACACAAUGAAGCACUCCCAACCGCACCCCAGAAUCCAAACGGCCCAGGUUUAGUUUCGUGAGGCGCGCGCACUCAUUUCUGUGAAUUCCUACGUUCUUAUGUGUAUUUAUGUUUAGUUAGCUUUAGCUUUUAGCAAGCCGGGUUAGCUAAUUUCGAUUGUAAUAUUUAAUGGCGAUAUUUUAGUUUGUAUCUUAACUAUAAUGAUGUAUUUGUAAUGGUUUACAAGACUUGCGGCAUUGUGCCGGAACGAUA